AUGCCCGAGCCGGGAGGGAAACCCUGUUGGAAACUGCCGGGGCGGAAAUGCCCUGCGCGGCGGGGCUCGUUCCGGAAGCGACUUUGCCCCGGCAACGACGCGCCCGGCGGGGGCGGGACUUCCGGCGAGGCGCGCCGCCGCCUCCUCUGCGGGCCUGGGAAGAUGCGGCGUCGGGUGUGGCGGUGCCUGUUCCUGGCGUUGUGCGGCCUCCUGCCCGGGCGGGCGGGGGCCCCGAGCCCCGAGGAGCCCCCAGAGAGGAGCCGGCCGUACGCGGUGCUGCGCGGGCAGAACCUGGUGCUGAUGGGAACUGUCCUUGGCAUCCUGCUGGUGGCCGGGAUCCUCAUGGCGUUCUGUGUCUACAAGCCCCUUCGGCGUCGCUGACAGCAAGCCAGCAGGUCCUGCCAUGGAGUGCGUGGGGACAGAAGUGGCUGCACCCACGGGGCCGGGGUCGCCCGCCCCUCCCCGGGCCGGCCUGGGCAGUCUGUGAGGGAGGAUGAACACGGCAGCGGGCUUACCUGCCCAGACGCCCCGCUGCAGGUCACCAGCCACCGCGUCUCCCCCCCGCCCUCGGUACCCGCCUGGUGGUUCCCGUUAAAUAGCCCCGCGGUGCCGUCCCGAGGUGCCCCAGAGAGAAGACAGUCGCUGUGAGUGCCGGCACCACCGCGCUGGAAAGGGCUCGCAUGGGACGCCUUGCCAAGGGAAGACAACGUGCAGCUCGCACCCGGGCCCUCUGGGGGGACCGGGACUGUGGCUCACAGCUCGGAGCAGCCAUUCCCGGCUCCCACCCACCCCGGCCUGCCCCUUUCUCCAGCACUUCUGAGUCUAAGCCCUCGGAGCACAGGCGCGAGCUGUGCACGUCCAACCGUUUGGUCCCGUUGCGUUGGGCCACGUUGUCCUUCACAACGUCCCGAGUUGACUGGAAGGUCCCGGUUGCGAGGCAGCGCCCGCCGUGGGGGCCGGGGCUGCUGCGCUGGCUCUGCACCCUCCCUCCCCGCUGGGAAUCAGGGCAACCACGUGUGGCUCUAGCAGGAGGGGCGGAGCCUCCCUGCGUGUCCCACCUGCGUCAGAACCCGUCCUGCACGCUCCUCUCACUGCCUCUGGCUCCUGUGCCUGCAGCCACGGCUCCGACGGUUUCCGUGGGGCCCGGGGCUCGGGCUGUCGAGGGACAUACGGUUCCAGGGCGGAGUGGGGAGCAGGGGUGUUUCUGGAAAGGAGCGUCCACGGGAAAGUGCUGCUACUCGGUACACUGGGGCUGAACUGGAUUCCUGUCCGAAGUGAUACUUCCGUUCUUUCCAAGUGGUUAGCAGUAUUUAUUUUAUAGGUGCUAGGUUUGAUUUUGUUCAAUUAAAUUGAAAGGCGUCUCUGUGCUCCAAGCCGACACUGCACUGAUUUUUUUUUUUAACUGCCUAUACUUAAUGUGAAAUAACUUAUGUGGGAUACUGUAAUCGAAUCGAAUUUUGUUUGUGACCCUAACAGUGAGCCGUUAAAAUGUUCCCUAUUCUGUACCGUUGCGCAGAACUGUCAAGUAAAAUUAAAAGUGUAAAUCCUA